CGUCUGCAUUCGACGCCUCGAACCGGCGACGGGCGACUUUUACUCCAGUUUGUCCCCAGCUGUUGACUUGUAUUGACGUGCAAUUAUCUGUUCUAAUUUCUCAGAUUUUCCAUUGAUAAUCUUCAAAAUGGUCGUCAUCAUCAAGGAUACAGAAGAUCUGAAGACGAGGCUGGCGGAAGCUGGUGACAAACUUGUCAUCAUCGACUUCUUCGCGACUUGGUGUGGCCCAUGCAAAGUUAUUGCCCCUCAAUUCGAGGAACUCUCCAACGAGUUCACAGAUAUUGUUUUCCUCAAGGUCGACAUCGACGAGAACGAGGAAAUUUCCACUGAAUACGAGAUAACCAGCAUGCCUACGUUUGUCUUCAUCAAGAGUGGAAAAAUCGUCCACCAAUUCUCUGGUGCGAGCAUUCAAAAAAUCAAGGACGGCAUCGAGCAGCACAAGAAUUAAGACAAGCUUGCAGCUACAAACAACUUCUGCCUUAUAAUUAUUAUAAUUUAACCGAAAAAAAAUGAAUGUAAUUAGCGAAAAAAAUUGGAAAACUUUAACAGAAUGAUGCAUUGAUAUUGCCACGUUUUUGUACAUAUUUUAUUGUGUACUCUUUUCGGACACCGAAUUUGCUAGCCUAUUUUCAUUCUAGAAGACUGUGAGCAUGAGUUUGAACAUGAAUAAGAAAUAGCAAAUAAUUAUCGCUGCGUUGUUUCCACUCAUUUUAGUAUCACAAUUUGAUUGAUGUACUUGGCCUCUCGAAAUAUACACGAUGGAAUAAUAAAAUAAGAAAUCAUAA